AUGGCAGGACUUGAUGUUGAGGCCCUCCUCGACUCUACUGCCGCCAAUGGCACCCCAGACACCGAUUCCGACCGUCUCCAAUCUGAGCGCCGUGAUCGAGAUCCUGAACAAGAUGACUCCCGUGAGCGCGAUCGCAAACGACGUGACCGCAGCCGUGACCGCCACCGAGACCGAGAUGACAAUGACAUGAGGAGCCCACGUAGCGACCGCGGAUCCGCUAACGGUAGUCAUAGAAGCCGACACCGCAGUCGCAGCCGAGACGGAGAGAGACGUCGUUCGCAGCGCGACGAUGACCGGGACCACUAUCGCCGUCGAUCUCGGUCUCCAAGAGAUGAUCGUCACUAUCGCCCCUCCUCGCGUCGCGAGGAUGACCGUCGAGACCGUGACCGCCAGGACCGCAGACGCUCCCGUAGCCCUCGGCGAGACACCAAAGCCAAGACCCCCGACAUCGCACUCACUGAAGAUGAGCGCGAUAGGAGAACCGUUUUCGUCCAGCAGCUGGCUGCUCGAUUGCGUACCAAGGAACUUAUUGCGUUCUUCGAGAAGGUUGGUCCGGUAAAGGAGGCUCAGAUCGUCAAAGACCGUGUCAGUGGUCGAUCUAAAGGUGUCGGCUACGUAGAGUUUCGUAACGAGGACUCUGUGCCCCUUGCCAUCCAGAUGACCGGCCAGAAGCUCCUCGGCAUUCCCAUCAUCGCCCAGCUCACUGAAGCAGAGAAGAAUCGACAGGCCCGCAACCCGGAGGCGGCCACUACUACGCAAAGUUCCGUCCCCUUCCACAGACUCUACGUUGGCAAUAUUCAUUUCAGUAUCACGGAGCAAGACCUUCAGAAUGUCUUCGAGCCUUUCGGCGAACUGGAAUUUGUUCAGCUACAGAAGGAAGAGGGCGGAAGGAGCCGAGGCUACGGUUUUGUACAGUUCCGUGACCCCAACCAAGCUCGUGAGGCCCUUGAGAAGAUGAACGGAUUUGACCUUGCAGGACGUCCCAUUCGCGUUGGCCUCGGGAACGACAAGUUUACACCCGAGUCAACUGCCAAUCUUCUUCAACGCUUCCAGGGCCAGAAUCAGCCUACCAGCUUCCAAGGCUCUGCCUUCUCCGGCUCCGGCGGUCGUGGCGCUCAUGCUGGUGGCAGUGGUGGCGCUUUUGACCGUGCCGGAGGUCGAGACGACCAGAAAGGUUCAGGCGGCGCCAGCGCUCUUGACGAUACCGAUGUCGCUGGUGUGAACUUCAGCAAUUACAGCCGCGAUGCACUGAUGAGAAAGCUUGCUAGAACCGAAGAGCCAAGCUCAACCACUGACGAUCACCGCACCAAGGCUGCCGCCGCACCUAAGAAAGAAUCCAAAGCCCUCCCCGUUUCGGUUAGCCAAGCCAGUCGCUGUGUAUUGCUCCGCAACAUGUUCGACCCAAACGAAGAAGAAGGCGAUGCUUGGGUCAAAGAGCUCGAAGAUGACGUUAAAGCUGAGUGUGAGGACAAAUACGGCAAAGUCGUUCACAUCUCGUUAGAUCCAAACACUCAAGGCGACAUCUAUCUCAAAUUCGAACGUGUCUCUGGCGGUGAAAAGGCUAUCCAGGGUCUUAAUGGCCGAUUCUUUGGCGGUAGGCAGAUCUCUGCUCAGCCUGUUGUUGACGCCGUGUAUAGCAGCUUGUUCAGUCGCACGAAAGCUCUUUAG